UUUAUCGCUGGCUGUCCAGACGGAAGGUGCUGAAACGCUUUGUCGCGUGUCUGGAAGAAGUGAAAACUUUCCUGGGCAGCAAAGGGCUCACCUUUCCUGAGCUGGAACAGCCAGAGUGGCUGGAAAAGCUACACUUCAUGGUAGACAUGACAGCGCACCUGAACACGCUGAACACAGCUCUUCAGGGGAAAGGACGUACAGCCCUGCACAUGUUGGAGGAUGUUUUGGCAUUCGAGCGCAAGUUGACAGUGCUUGCCAGAGAUUUACAGAAAGGCACUUUGUCUCACUUCCCCAAUUUGAGAGAGUUCAAACAAGGUCACGACAUGAUAAUUUCGGAGUAUUUACAUUCUGCAAUCAUCGCAAUGCAAAUAUCGUUUGGGAAACGCUUCUGUGAGUUCAGAGAGGAAAAAAACACAUUAUCCUUCCCACUCACUCCCUUAAGCAUCGAUCCUUCCCUACUGAAUACGACUGCAUUGGCAGGUGUGAGUCAACCUGAUCUUGAGAUGGAACUGGCCGACAUAGCCGACAAAGACAUAUGGGUGUCCAAGUUUAGACGCUUGACAGCAGACCUUGAAGAUGUUGCCCGUCAGAAGGCCGUUCUUGCUCAGAAACACAAAUGGAGUGAUAUUGAAAACCUCACAGAUGACAGCUUGCGAUCCUGUGUAAAGAUGAAGGUGACAUCAUACAGCCCUGAUGUGCAGACGCUGUGCGCUGAGGUCCAGGAGCAGAAAUCCCAUUAACCAAGAUGACAGCUGGCUGACGUUAUUUUUGGUUUGCUGCUGGCGGAAAAUUUAAGUUCGGCGUUUUUCAUAAAUACAAGAAGGACUCAAAUAGACAUUGAAUAUUUUACUUAAAAGUAACUUUCAACCCA